GACACGUUCUCCCACAAUGCAAUGCGCAUCUGUCAUGGCUGCUCACUGAUGCCACUUGAACCACAUGGGUGAAAAUAAACGCACUAAGAAACACCGACUGGGCUCUUAAAGACAACCGAUCAGCCGCUGUUAUUAAGGACCGGUCAGACCGAAGUCAGCGGCUCCCACUGAACUACAGCCGGACCCAGCAGCGGUAGUUAUGGCCCUGGACGUGGAGAUCCCCGUCCUCCGAGGCUUCCUGACACCCAGCGAGGCAACGCAAUGGAAGCAGAAUAUUCUCAGUACUGCAGAGGCAGGCCCUUUGCUGGCAUCCUUGAUUGAGGGGGACUUUGAGGCAGUUCUGCUGAGCCCCCAGGUGUUGGAUCUACUCUCUGGAGAUGGCAGCUGCAGCGAAGGAGAGGACAUCGAGGCCUACCUGGAGAAACGGGUCCUGCUGUACCUUACUUGUGGCACCAGUGAAGAUCAGACCAACAGGGAGCUUGCAUUGAUGGCCCUGGCUGUCUCUUGCCUUCAGAUGUUUGCCCAAAGUAACUGGACUGGUCCUCCUGUCUCCAUCGAUGUCUCUGCCCUGCUGCCUAAGUCCCUGCUCUCUUCUCAGCCCAAGACCUUGGUUGAGGUUAUCCAGUCCAGCCUGCUCCUGGAUGGGGAGUCUGUGUAUAGCCUGGUGGCCAACCCCUUUCUCCUCCUGCUGGCCAGGGUUAUAUUCACCAAGUGCUCCACCAAGAUGCACAGCCUCCAGCUGCUGCCCUGCUGGACUCUGCGCUACAUCUGCCUACACCAGCAAAUCCUGGAGGCCUGUUCUCAGCAGCUCCAAAACUUGGCCCACAGCAGCAUUGACAAAGUGCUGAAAUGCCAGGCUCUGCUGUCAGAGCAUAGAAACCUGGCUAUCCAUUUCCACUUGGAGUGUGUCUACACUAGUCUGACCUACUAUGAUUAUCAGCCAGCCAAGGAACACAUCAAGAAGGCCCAGGAGCUCUCAGGGCUGAUUAUCAAUCUGACUGGUGCUCUUGGCAAACGGACCCAUUUUCAGCAAAAGUACUUGGCUCAGCUUGUCCUUGAAGUCAAGAGAAAGCAGGACCAACCUGGCCAGAUGUGUGAUGAGGCAAGUCCCACCCCCACACCUCAGGACAUCCUGCCCAAGGACUGCAGUCUGAGUGACGACACCGUGCUGAAUAAAAUCAACUUAGAAGAGCCCGAUCAGUAUGAGCUGCCUGACCUUAGUGCUGAGGAGCAGGCCGUCAUCUUGGGCAUCUGUACUGAUUUUCAGAAGAAUAACCCUGUCCACAAACUGACUGAAGAGGAACUCCUGGCCUUCACAUGUUGUAUUCUGUCUCAGCCUAAGUUCUGGGCUAUAGAAGUCACAGCACUUUGCCUCAGGACCAAACUGGAAAAAGGGAGGACCCGUUGUGUUGAGCGAGCCAUGACACAAACCCAGGCAAUCGUAGACCACUUUGAAGACAAAAACUGUCCCAUGACUGAGAGGCUCAAGGGGUUCUACUUCUGCCAAGCUCCCCCCAGAUGGGUUGUCCAGAAACAGCUGGCCAGCCUGCUGACAGACCUCGGCUGCAUCAGUUCAGCUCUGCUUAUGUAUGAAAAGCUCGAGCUCUGGGAGGAUGUAGUUAUCUGCUAUGAGAGGCUGGGCAACCAUGGCAAGGCUGAAGAGAUUGUUCGCCGUGAGUUGGAGAAGAAGGAGACACCCAGUCUUUACUGUCUUCUGGGAGACAUAUUGAGGGACCAUCAGUACUACGACCGGGCGUGGGAGCUGUCAGGCAAACGCAGCGCUAGAGCCAUGCGUUCCAAAGCCCUGCUGCACCUCCGCAGCAAAGAGUUUCAGGAGUGUGUGGACUGCUUUGAGAAGUCCCUCAAAAUCAACACUCUGCAGCUUGGUGUGUGGUUUUCCCUCGGUUGUGCCUACUUUGCCCUGGAGGGCUAUGAGGGAGCUGCCAGGGCUUUCCAGAGGUGUGUGGGACUAGAGCCAGAUAAUUCAGAAGCGUGGAAUAACCUCUCUACAGCCUAUAUUCGCCUUCAAAAGAAAGAUAAAGCCUUUCGUACCCUGCAGGAAGCCCUUAAAUGUAACUACGAACACUGGCAGAUCUGGGAGAACUUUAUUGCUGUGAGCACUGACAUUGGGGAGUUUGCUGAAGCCAUCAAGGCCUAUCAUCGCCUGAUGGACCUCAGAGAAAACUACAAAGACAUUGAGAUUCUGGAGAUCCUGGUUAGAGCAGUUGUUGAUAACCUGCCGGACAGACGGGAUGAGCAGUCAGUAACUCUCCAGUCCAAACUGAAGGAGCUCCUGGGGCGAGUCAGUUCCCGCCACAGUAGUGACAGUAAGAUAUGGCAGCAGUACGCCCUGCUAUAUGGAGGCGGUCAAAGCUCCAAUCCAGAGGACAAUGAAAAGGCUCUGCAAUUCUUGUCCAAGGCCCAUCACUGCAGGGUUCAGACUGGUGGCUGGGAGAAAGACCCUGGCCUCUUCAAGGAUGUUAUCAGCAGAGCCAUCAAUAUGGGUGAAGUGAGUAUCAGUUGCUCUCAGAAGAAGAGUAAUCCAACUGAAGCUCUUCGGACUCUCUCCUCCACCCGCCUAAGCCUCAAGAGCCUAGUCAGUAAAGCCAAGCAAAUUCACACAGAUGCACCCACAGGUCAGAUCCACACUGAACUGCAGGAUGUUGUCACUGCCCUGGAACAACUCCUCACACAGCUGGAGGAGCUGAGUGGUAAGCUGCGUGAGAGAUCACAGUGACCGUCCUCCAAGGAAACUGACCCCGCUGCAGUCAAAAGGCUUGUGUAUUGUUGAAUGCCUUUAAAUCAAGAGUUUUACAUGUGGCAACACAACAUUGAAUAAAAUUAGCAAAGGUCUCACUUUGAAAUUGUGAUGUUUUUAUAUCUCGAUAUCCACAUUGGAAUAUAAACGGUGACAUUAAAUAAUAAAACAUUUCAAAUGUUGAA